CAAGAGCAGUAUCCAUGUUCCCCCAUCCCCUGCAUGGGCAGGGCCUGGCAGGGUAUAAAUAGGUCAGAUUGUUGGGCUCUCCCCAAACCUCUCUGUUCAGCACUUCCUCUCUCUUGGUCUGGUCUCAACGGUCACCAUGGCGAGACCCUUGGAGGAGGCCCUGGAUGUAAUAGUGUCCACCUUCCACAAAUACUCAGGCAACGAGGGUGACAAGUUCAAGCUGAACAAGACAGAGCUCAAGGAGCUACUGACCAGGGAGCUGCCUAGCUUCCUGGGGAGAAGGACAGACGAAGCUGCAUUCCAGAAGCUGAUGAGCAACUUGGACAGCAACAGGGACAAUGAAGUUGACUUCCAGGAGUACUGUGUCUUCCUGUCCUGCAUUGCCAUGAUGUGCAAUGAAUUCUUUGAGGGCUGCCCAGAUAAGGAGCCCCGGAAGAAGUGAAGACUCCUCAGAUGAAGUGUUGGGCCAGUGGGGGAAUCUUCCAUGUUGGCUGUGAGCAUAGUGCCUUACUCUGGCUUCUUCAUACAUGUGCACAGUGCUGAGCAAGUUUAAUAAAGAGUUUUGAAACUA